AUGGUGGAUUAUGUCUCCGAGGAGGCAGUGCAAGACGCAGCUUUGGUGCUAAAGGAGUUGUAUGCCAACUUCGGUGUAAAGCAGCCGGUGCUGACGAAAUACAGAGCUGCUUUCCAAUGGAUCCAGGAUGAGUAUGCUGUCCUCCCUGUCACGUCAAAGAAGAAAGAGAUCCAGGCAGGCCUGGACAGAGAUCCAAGCGGCUACAUUGAGAAGCAGGGCUAUGUAUGGAAUCAGACUUUGGAGAAAGAGUCAAAAGAGGUGCAGCUAUUGAAAGAUAUCCUGACGCUUUUGGCUGCUGCAGAUGCAGAUGGUGGGGAUGACGAUGCUGCGAGCUGCACAUCUUCGGAUUCAGGUGCCGAGGAAUCCGAGGUCGAAGCGGAGCCAGCAGAUACAGGGUCGGACAUGGAUACAUGUGACACUCAAGUUCCUUCGGAUUUGCUGUCUACUGCCCAAGAAUCUUUGGCGAAGAAAGUUUUGCCUCCGGUGCCAAAGUUUCUUGGGAUAUCGCGCUCUUGCUCAACAAAGGCUCCGAAGCCUGAGAUCCCAGAGAGAUCCGAGGCCCCGGUUUCGAAUGCACAGCCCGAAGCCUUACCCACAAGCUGCGACUCGAUUUCCGAGACCCCGUUGGAGUCUCCGAUUCCUGGGAAUCCCGAGAUUCAUGCAAAGCCCCAGACGACCCCUGUGGAGUUUCAGAUUCCGAAUCCCGAGAUCCAUGUGAAGCCUGAAUCGGUUCGCUCUGAGAUUCCCGAGCCCGAGAGCAACGCGAAGCCCAAGACCCCCGUGGACAUUCCAAAGCCCGAGACCCCGGUGGAUUCUGAGAUUCCGAAGCCUGAGACCAAUGUGAUGCGCGAGACCUUCGUGGACUGUCCCACCAAGGCCAAGCUCAAGACCCCAGUGGAGUCCCAGAUUCCGAAGCCUGAGACCCCAGUGGACCCGAAGCCCGAGACCCCAGUGGACUCCGAGAUUCCGAAGCCUGAGACCCCAGUGGACACGAAGCCCCAGACCACAGUGGACUCCGAGAUUCCGAAGCCCGAGACCCCAGUGGACUCCGAGAUUCCGAAGCCCGAGACGACCCCAGAUUCGGAUGCACACCCAGAAGCCAGCCCAAACAUGUACGGCCAGCAGAUGCCCAGCCCACUCGCACAGCCGCAGGACAAAGACGACGACUAUGCCAACUUGCCCGAGGUUCAAACCAAACUGACAGAUGCCCCAAAUGUGGAGGAUCCUCGGGAGCAUGAUCGCGAGGAUGCUGCUGCAGAGCCUCCAGCAGCCGAGAGUGCAAGCAAGAAACGACCACAGGUGGUGGAGGCCGAAGGCGAGGCUGAGAAGAAACAGCUGAAGAAAGGAAAGGGCAGGGGAAAGGGAAAGGGAAAGGGAAAGGGAAAGGGGGCAGGCCAAGAAGACCGAGCUGAUGUCAAUGACAAGGGUGCCAAGGGAACAGGCAAAGGAGACCAAGCUGAUGUCAAUGACCAGGAGGAAGAGCCUGCCAAGGGAACAGGCGAAGGAGACCAAGCUGAUGUCAAUGACAAUGGGGAGAAGCCUGGCUUGGGAAGGAGGUGCCGUGGGAAGAAGAGGGCUAGCGCUGCCAGCGAGGAGCCUGCUGCUGGUUCCGAUAUGUCAGCAGCAGGAAAAAAGAAAGAAACUCCAACAGCGGCAAAGUCGAAAGCAAAUCCACGAGCAAAGGCCAAAGCAACGGAGACAGCAGCUCCAGCAGCAGAUGAAGAUGAAGAGGAUGACGAUGCCCGACCGACCAAGCGUAGGUACACAAAGGCUGAUUAUGGGCAUAUCAACAUUCCUCUUUUCAAGGACUACUAUGUGACUGGACAGCAAUAUAUAUGCGGUGGCACAUGCACACACGCACACAAGGAUUAA